GAGCCAGCCGCGGCAUCCCGCAGUAGGAGCUGCGCCCUCGCCAGCCUCGCCAUGCAGCCCCAGCCGGCUCUCGGCGUCAACCGCGGCCCCGCAGUGUCGGCCAUUAGCAUGGCGCCUGCCAAGAAGAUCAAGGCCAAGCUCAAGAAGACAUUGCCCGUGACCGGCCCCCAGGCGCCCACCUUGCGGGAGCUGAUGCACUGGUACUGCAUGAACACCAACACCCACGGCUGUCGGCGCAUCGUGGUCUCGCGGGGGCGCCUGCGCCGCUUCCUGUGGAUCCUGCUCACGCUGACCGCCGUGGGACUGAUCCUGUGGUACUGCACUCAGCUGGUCCUCAACUACUACAAAGCCUCUGUCUCUGUCACGGUCCAGUUCCACGCACUCCCCUUCCCAGCCGUCACCAUCUGUAACAUCAACCCCUACAAGUACAGUGCCAUCAAGAAACACCUGGCCGAGCUGGACAAAGAGACAGAGAACGCUCUGAGAUCCUUGUAUGACUUUUCUGGAAGUAAUAUCAGGGAGCGUCGUGAUGCUGGUGAUCCUGAGCCAAGUGAGGACAGAAGAUUCCACAGAUACUUUCCCUUGAUGAAUUUAGACAACCUCACUCACCAGCAGCCUUUUCCAAAUCCCUCCUCUGGUUCCAAACGGCGCAUGGAGGCCAACAUCAUUUCAGGCGGCUCCAGCAUCGUCAGCGUCAAGAACCCCCAGGAUAUUGUGGGAUUCCAGCUGUGUGACUCCCACAACAAGAGUGACUGUGCCCUUUACACCUUCAGUUCGGGUGUCAACGCCAUCCAGGAGUGGUACAAGCUGCAUUACAUGAACAUCAUGGCCCAAAUCAGUGCUGAAGAGAAAGUGAACAUGAGCUACUCGGCAGAGGAGCUCAUCUUGAGCUGCUUCUUUGACGGCCGUUCCUGCGACGCCAGGAACUUCACGACAUUCCACCAUCCGAUGCAUGGGAACUGCUAUACCUUCAACAGUGGGCAGAACGGAAGCAUCCUGAACACAACCACCGGAGGCAGUGAAUAUGGGCUGCAGGUGAUCCUGUAUAUAAACGAAGCAGAGUACAACCCUUUCUUGGUGACGUCUACGGGAGCGAAGAUAGUGAUUCACGGCCAGGAUGAAUAUCCCUUCAUCGAAGACGUCGGCACUGAGAUAGAGACGGCCACAGCCACCUCCAUCGGGAUGCACUUUACAAAGUCCAAAAGACUCGGCUAUCCAUACAGCAACUGCAAAGAGGACGGGUCUGACGUCAAUGUGAAGAAGCUAUACAAGAACAAAACCUACUCUUUGCAGACCUGCCUCCAUUCCUGCUUCCAGAAUGAGAUGGUGAAAAAGUGCGGCUGUGCCCAGUACGCCCAGCCCCUGCCCGAUAAUGCCGAGUUCUGCAACUACAAGAAAUAUCCAGACUGGAGUAAGUCUUCCCAUCACUCCACCUGCCCCCUCCUCCAGAGGGGGCUUAAGUUUCUCUGA